GUGCCGCUCGCUGCGCCGCUCGCCCAGUCGCCCUCAGUUCCUCAGUUCAGUUCUCAGUCGCGCUCUCGCUCAGCACGGACGGGCCACGCUCGGCCCCACCGCACCGCCGCCCCGCGCAGUCAGUCUCCCCGGCCCCCGCGGGCCCACCGCGCCGCGAGCGUCCAGUCCGUGUGCUUGGAUACCUAGUGACUCUCUAUUGGAUUACCUGCAGCCUCCUCCAUGUUGAUAAACGUGCCGCUGCGGCGCGGCCCCGCGCUGCUGUCGCUCGUCGCGCUCCUGGCCCUGCCCCGCGCCGACGGCUUCCCCGACGGCGCCAAGGUGGGCAACUGCGGCGACCUGGUGCCGGGACACCCGUCGUCGCCCCAGGACGGGCGCGCGCCGUUCGCCGUGUCGCCGGCGCGCGCGCGCACCGAGGAGGGACGCGUGCGCGUCAUGCUGACGUCGCCGCAGGGCGUGGGCUUCACGGGCUUCGUCUUGGUGGCGCGCCCGCUCAACGCCGAGGACGGCGACGGCACCAACGCCCUGGGCCACUUCAGCAGCAUGCCCGAAGAGGCCAUGCCCCUGGCGUGCGGCAGGGCGGCCAGGAGCGGCGCCACGCACAACAACAAGGAGCGCAAGAAGAACCUCGAGUUCGAGUGGGAGGCGCCCGAAGACUUCGAGGGACCCGUCGUCUUCAACGCUACGUUCGUGCAGGACUUCGCCACGUUCUGGGUCGGCGUGCCGUCCCCCACGGUGCAGGUCGUGCGCCGCUCGGCCUCGGUCCCGGACGGCGUCAACGCGGCCCCCGGCGCGGCGGGCGGGCCCGGCGCCACCCCCGCGCGCACCUCCCGUCGCCCCACCACCACCACCCCCACGCCCUUCUCGCCCGAGCCGGAGCCCGAGGCGCCCGCCCAGCAGGACCCGCUGUACGACGGCUGUGGCUCGCUGCGCAGCUGCUUCGGCGCGCCGGCCGGCUGCAUCGCCAAGAGGAACUGCAACGCGGCCGUGGCCGUGGCGGUGCGCGGCACGCGCUACGAGUUCGAGAUGAAGGCGCUCAAGGCGCUGUACGUGGCGGUCGGGCUCUCUGACGACGCUAAGAUGGGUGGAGACAGCGUGGUGGAGUGCCAGACUGUUGGCGGCAAGGUGCAGGCGUUCAUGUCCUGGAAUGUCCCCGGCAUCAAAAAGAAUCAGCGUCUCGAGGACCAGGAUGGCAUAUCUUUGGUCAAUGGAACAUACAGCGACGGCACUAUUUACUGCAAAUUCACAAGGGAUGAGGUCACGACUGUUGAAGGCAAGGAGUUCAACCUAGCUUCAAGAAACUACAACCUUUUGCUUGCCGCAGGCAGCCUAUUAAAUGACAAUGGAGUAGGAUAUCACGACAAGCUUGCUUCUGCCUCUGCGGAACAGCGAAAUUUAGCUGAUGUGAGUGGAUUUUCUGAGGCCAGCAAGCUGUACUUGCGUCUCCAUGGCGCUUUCAUGUUAGCAGCAUGGAUUGGAGCUGCCUCAAUUGGCAUUGUUCUGGCACGAUAUUACAAACAAACUUGGGUGGGCAACAGGCUUUGUGGCAAGGACCAGUGGUUUGUGUGGCAUCGCUUCUUUAUGGUGCUGGUCUGGCUCCUUACUUUGGCAGGCUUCGUCCUCAUUUUUGUUGAGCUGGGAUCAUGGACUGCUGACACUCGUAACCCCCAUGCCAUUCUUGGUGUGGUGACAACUGUGUUGUGCUUCGUUCAACCUCUGGGGGCCGCCAUGAGACCCGCUCCUUCGUCUCCUAGGAGACCUCUCUUCAACUGGUUGCAUUGGCUUGUGGGAAACGCAGCCCACAUCUUAGCAAUUGUAACUAUAUUCUUUGCUGUGCCACAGAGCAAAGCUCAGCUACCUGAGUGGAUGGACUGGAUUCUAGUUAGUUUUGUGGCAUUCUACGUUUUUAUUCAUCUCAUACUUUCUAUUGUGGGUUGUAUGAGUGAGAGAGAAAAUCGAAACCGUGUUAAUUCUUUUCCAAUGAAGGACCUCAACUCUAGCAGGAUGCCAAUAACUAGUAUGGAUAGAAGUAUGGAUGCUCCGCAUUCAUCAUUACGGCGCUGCCUCCUUGGCCUCCACAUAGUAGUCAUACUGUUAGUAACUGCAGCUCUUGUCAUCAUUGCAGUAUUUGCACCAAUUGAGGAAAAAUGGAAGCAAGUUCUUGAAAGUCUUAACAUAUCAUGAAACAGUACUCCCGAAAAUUUUAUCAUGAGCUAUUUGGAAACUUUGGUAUGAAUGAGGUUCAAUUGAACGUAAAUUUUAAUUCCAUAUUGAUUUUAGUACUAAAAUUUGUUUUGAACCCUGGAAGCCAUAGGACUUUGAUAAUUUUUAAAAUAGAUAUGAACUUGAUUGAGGUUCUUUAAAACUUGAUGUAGUGUACCUGACUAACCAGCAAAAAAAAAUUAAACUCAUGCAUGAUAUUUGUCUUGAAAGCUGUGGUAUUGUAAAGUGAAAUUGUAUUUAUGCUUUUGCAUUG